AUGACAUGAUAAUAGGCUAACCUGUAGAAGGCACUUUCAUUUCUCUCAUCGCCUAACGCACUUUGGUAAUUGGGUCGAAAAUGGCGAACUCACCAGAAAAAGAGCACCCUGUUAAGACCGUCGGCUGGGCUGCCAGGGACGCAUCUGGUCAUCUCUCUCCUUUCAACUUCUCCAGAAGGGCAACCGGUGAAGAAGAUGUGAGGCUUAAGGUGUUGUAUUGUGGGAUAUGCCAUUCUGACCUUCACAAUAUCAAAAAUGAAUGGGGCCUCUCCAUCUACCCUAUGAUUCCUGGGCAUGAAAUUGUAGGGGAAGUGACUGAAGUAGGCAGCAAAGUGAAAAAGGUUAGGGUGGGAGAUAAAGUGGGAGUGGGAUGCAUGGUUGGUGCUUGCCACAGCUGUGAGAGCUGUGCCAAUGACCUGGAAAAUUACUGUCCUAAAGUGAUACUAACCUACAAUGGAAUUUACUAUGAUGGAACAAUGACAUACGGAGGCUAUGCAGAUUCAAUGGUUGCCAAUGAACGCUACGUUGUCCAGAUCCCUGAUGGCAUGCCCCUUGACGCUGCAGCUCCGUUGCUUUGUGCCGGAAUCACUGUUUACAGUCCACUGAAAUAUUUUGGACUGGGUGAAGCUGGAAAGCACAUCGGCAUUGUUGGCCUUGGUGGUCUGGGUCAUGUAGCUGUUAAAUUUGCCAAGGCCUUGGGGUCCAAAGUAACAGUUAUUAGCACGUCCCCUAAUAAAAAAACUGAUGCCUUGGAACAUCUUGGUGCUGAUUCGUUUUUGGUUAGCCGUGACCAAGGCGAAAUGCAGGCCGCCAUGGGUACUUUCGAUGGAAUCAUUGACACAGUCUCUGCUGUUCAUCCAAUUAUGCCAUUGCUUGGUCUUCUAAAAUCCCAUGGAAAGCUUAUUAUGGUGGGCGCACCCUACGAGCCACUUGAAUUACCUGUCUUUUCUUUGAUCAUAGGAAGGAAGACGAUGGCUGGGAGUGGCAUUGGAGGAAUGAAAGAGACACAAGAGAUGAUUGAUUUUGCAGCAAAACACAACAUAAAAGCAGACAUCGAAGUUAUUUCGAUGGAUUAUGUGAACAAAGCGAUGGAGAGACUUGGAAAGGGUGAUGUUAGAUACAGAUUUGUAAUCGACAUUGGAAACACCUUGGUUGCCACCAAGCCUUGAAGAUCAGCCGGCUCUGUCCAGCCAUGUUAAACUACUGCUUCAGUCAUCCUCAUUCGCUUUAAAAUGCUUGGUCAUUGGGGUAGUUUUGUGAUCGAACAACGCUUGCUUAAACAUAGACUCGUUAUCCUACACUUUAAACAGUCAAUGAAUAGUACUGAGUGCUUUAUGUUUUGGAGGUUUUAUUCUAUUUUUGGACGUGAGAAAUAUUGCGGAA